AUGACUAGUAUUAAGUUCAGGGAGCCCUACUCCCAGGAGGAAUUGGAGACUCUCUAUCCCCCACACUUGAAGCUUCAACUGGUCCAGGUGUUUAUGCGACAUGGAGAGAGAACGCCCGUUUCUGCGCGUUUCCAAAAUACCGGCCUAUCACCAUAUUGGCCGUAUUGCGCUGUUGCGCGCCGCAUGACGUCAAUGGUCGCGACCAGUAAAGAUCUCUCGACCUGGGACACGUUACAAUGGCGGAGGAAAAUCGAGACAUUCGGUCACGACGACGAAGCGGUUGCAACACGUGGUCCAGCAGGACAGACUGAGGCAAUAUGUCAGGCAGGAGAGCUCACGGAUAAAGGACGACAGACAACACUCGAACUCGGACAGCGCUUACGCCAUCUAUAUGUGAACCAGCUCGGAUUCAUGCCACAGAUCAAAUCCAACGCCGAGGAUAUGUACCUGCGUGCCAGUCCCAUCCCUCGUGCUCUCGAAUCAAUGCAACAGGCUUUCAUGGGAAUGUAUCCUGCUAGUGCGCGUACGGCAGACUUUGAAACUCCGGCCAUUGUGACGCGAGCCUACGCGGACGAAACGGUAUACCCAAAUGACGCUAAUUGCCGACGUUUCAGACAGCUUUCAAGGCUCUUUGCGGACCGAGCGGCUAAGAGGUGGAAUGAUACCGACGACAUGGACUACUUGACCAAGCUAUUCACAAAAUGGAUGCCUUCGAGCUCUCCUCGGGUUGCUGUUGACUCUCACCCUCGUCUAUCAGGUAUUAUGGACACAAUCAACGCCACUCUAGCUCAUGGGCCAGCCACAAAGCUCCCCCCACAAUUCUACGAUGAAAAAGCCUUAAAGAUCAUCGACAAAAUCGCUGUCGAAGAAUGGUAUGCGGGUUACAAAGAGAAUGAAGAAUACCGACGCCUUGGCAUUGGCGGUCUUAUGGGCGAUAUCGUUGAUCGUAUGGUGAUUACCGCUCUGGAAGGUGGCUGGCGCAGCGAAGUGGCUUCUUCCAUCACCAAUGGCUCCAAAGUGCCUAUCAAAUUUGGCUUGACCGGCUGCCACGACACGACUCUUGCCUCCGUCUUAUCCAGUCUUGGUGCCUUUGACAAUGAGAGGUGGCCCUUUUUUACGUCUCACAUUUCAUUUGAACUAUUCUCAGCCGACGCUGAAGCUCAGAGCCCUACUGCAAACCAAGAUUUGGCAUCGUCAUCAUCGUCAUCACAAAACAAAAGUGCUGGAUUGUUCUCAUUCCUUAGCAAGCCCGCCGCCCCUUCUCCACAAACUCCUUCUCCCUUAUCCUCUGUGGCUCGCGUACCGCUCUCAGAUCUGGACGAAUCCAGCCGCGAAACCUUGCGCAAAUACUAUGUUCGACUUCGCUAUAAUGAUCGACCUAUGAGAAUCCCUGGAUGCGUUUCGAAAACUGCUAAUCAUCUACCCGGCGACGACUCGUUCUGUACUCUGGAAGCGUUCAAGGAGAUUGUGGACAAAUUCACCCCGAAGCAAUGGCAAUCUGAGUGUUCGCAAAAUCUCGGCGAGGGGAUCUUCGGAAAAGAUGAUAAACAUAAAUCCGUUGCUGGUUAUUAA